AACUGAAGUACGAUCGCUUCGAAAUUAGGCAAAAUUCUCAGUUCUCAGCAUAAAGUGUUGGAGUCCAAGAGGGGUAGUAUCUAAAAUACAACCACCCAAAUGAGCACGCGGGGCCAGACCAGUCCUCUGAGGAAUCUUCGCCAGAAAUGCGGUGGCAGCUGCACUAGUGACGAUGACCUGCCUGAGAUCAAGUUGAUCACCCAGCCUAUCAACGGUCUGCACUACAUCCGGAAUCGACUGAGACCACCGAAAUCCCGAACGGGCAUUUACUACAGCACAGAUUGGGACAAGUCUGCGCUGGUCAGCAAUUUUCAGAAAAGAGGUUGGCUACAAGUGCCCUCCUUCAAUGGCGAAUGGAAUUUCUAUUGGGCGUGCACCCAGAAUUGCCGCUACAUCUUCGGCAUCGAUCAUCCGUAUCGCAUGCGAUCCGAUCAAGUCAUUAACCACUUCCCGAACUCCAUUGAGCUGUCGCGCAAGGAUUUGCUAAUCAAGAACAUCAAGCGGUAUCGCAAAGAUCUGGAGCGGCGUGGCGAUCCAUUGGCGCAAAGCCAUCCACCGGACACGAAACUGGGCAUAGGGGGUACCCGUUACAAGCACCUGGACAUCAUACCCAUGACCUUUGUCCUGCCCUCCGACUACCAGAUGUUCGUCGAGGUCUUUCAUCGCAAUCCGGCCAGCACGUGGAUAGUGAAGCCAUGCAGCAAGUCCCAGGGUGUAGGUAUCUAUCUGGUCAACAAGUUGUCCAAGCUUAAAAAAUUCGCAUACGAUGCGCGCACCUUCUAUCCGCAAAUCAACCGGGACACCUGCGUCAUUUCCAAGUACAUCGACAAUCCACUGCUCAUCGGCGGCAAGAAGUUCGACCUGCGACUCUUUGUCCUUGUGACCACAUUCAAUCCGCUCAAGGCGUAUCUCUAUAAGGAGGGUUUCUGCCGUUUUUGCACCGAGAAGUACGACGAAACUGAGAUUGAUAACGUAUUUAUGCACUUGACGAACGUCAGCAUCCAGAAAACGAACCAAGAGUACAAUUCCAUCCAUGGUGGCAAAUGGCCACUCCAGAAUCUGUGGCUAUACUUGGAUAGCCUGCGAGGCGAGGGCGUUUCGGAUAUGCUGUGGAGCCGCAUCACCGCCACUAUCAGGCACUCCUUGGACGCAGUGGCUCCGGUGAUGGCCAACGAUCGUCAUUGCUUCGAGGUCUAUGGCUAUGACAUAAUCAUUGAUAAUAACCUGAAGCCCUGGCUGAUCGAGAUCAAUACAUCGCCGUCUAUGCACUCGACCACCACGAACGACCGCAUGCUCAAAUCGCGGCUAAUAGACAACGUCCUGGAUGUGGUUGUUCCACCGAACUGUAUGCCAAAUGAGCAUUGGGAUAAAACGCCCAAUCCAGAGUUGUUGAAAAACUUCACCGUUCUAAUGCCCAUUUCGCAAUCUAAGCCCGAGGAGCAAGCCCCCGUUCGACGCAAGGGCAGAUUAUCGAAGAAAAAGAAGUCCAAGUCGACUGCUGCAUCUUCAGCCGUUUGCUCAUCCACUCCACCGCCCGCCGAAGGAGAGACCAAGAUUAAAAGGUCCAACAAGAUAGUAAAACAGUAGUGAUGCUGUGAAAAUCGCAAAUCCCUUAGUCGUUGGGUGGUUGUCAAAUGCAUAUCGUUUCGGACUGGUUCUUUAUGAAAAUUUUUAACGUUUAAUUCGCAACUCGGUAUUCGGUCGGCAUCGCACAAAUUACUUAGGAAGUACACAAGUAUAAAGAAAAGUAUCGUAUAUAUUCGCUAUACAUGUAGGCUUACCCACUAGUUCGGCUUAAUCGUAUGGAUUCGUAUAACUAAGUUAAGCUGCUUGUCUUUUUUAGAGACCUGGGCCGAGGUCGGCUGCACAAAACUUCUUGUCUUAGCUCGAUAAUUGUUGGAACAAAAAAAAGUACUUCGCUUACUCUUACAUGUUAGCUAUACGUAUUAAAUGGGUUGGCUUUAAGUUUAACUUUUCGCUUCUUGCAAAUCCUCACGUUUGCACACACAAAAUGGCGUCCGCUUUAAAGCUUUACAAAACAAACAAACAAGAUCUAUGUACAAAUCAAAAAAAUAUAGGUAAAUGU